UCUGUAGUAGUAUGUUUGAAAGUCUUCCGGUGCUCGUGUCUAUCAAAAUGGCUCGUGUAUUACUAUUUAAAAUUGCGGUUGUUUCCAGUGUUUUGUUUUGUGUAUGCAUGGAUUUUGUAUGUUGUAAUAAUGGCAGAAGGGUUGGUGAUGCAUUGGACACUGACUUCAAUGUAUUCUCCGUGCCUCUGGAACACUCAUUUGAAGCUGAAGAUGUAGCAAAGUUUCAGGUUCGUGGAGCACUGGUGUUGAAAAGUGGAAGGGAGCCAAGUGUCUCACUAAGUCAGAACCAGCUAUCAGAGGAAGACAGAAUCAAACUGAAGGAAGUGGCUGCAGUGGAUGGUCUGUACAGAAUCAGAGUGCCUCGUGUUUACCUCCAGGCAGACAGACAGACAGAGCGCCAGAUGGAAGGUUACCUUACAGCAUUUGUCAGAGCCUGUGCCAUGGUCGAGUCCCAUCUGAGCGAUGUGAUCACCCUCCACACUGAUGUCUCUGGGUACCUCAUUGGUGUCUCCAUAGUGACAAUACCUGGUGCCUGUAGGGGCACUGAGGUUGAAGAUGAAGUUGAUCUUGAGGUUUUCAACACCACACUCAGCUUCAUGGCUCCUGUAAACGCACCUGGACCUGAGACAGCUCUGUUCCUUGAACGAAUGGAACAGGAAACUGAGAAGAAAACAAAGAAUCCACAAGAGCAGAAAUCCUUCUUUGCUAAAUAUUGGAUGUACAUCGUGCCUCUCGUUCUCUUCCUGAUGAUGUCUGGUGCUCAGGACCAAUCAGGAGGAGGAGCUGGAGGCGGAGCGGCUGGUGGAGGUGGCCGAUAAUCACCACACUGGAAAGUUUGUGUUUUUGGGAAGAUUUACUGAACAAUAGUUUGUUUUUGUCUGUUUUUAAUCACUGUACAUAAUGAUAUUUAAUGGAAAGAAGUGUCUGUCACACACCACUGAAACCUGCACAGUAUAGACGAGAUGCUGUGCAUGGCAGAUGACUGCAUUUUAAUACUGAUGUGAAAAUAAAGUAUUUAUUACUUGAACUGAA